AUGUCAGUCGUGCUGCAGCUCGCGGCGGCGGAAGAGAUUGCGACCGAUCUCAGGCUCGCCGCGGCGUCGGAGGACGCUCGGUUAUCCGCAGCUACACAGCUGGAGCUGCUUCAUGCGCAGAUGGCCUCGCUUCAGGCCCGUGUUCGCAAAAUGGAGGAGGAGGCGGCGGCGCCGUCGGCAAGUGGCAUAUUCAGCCUCAAGGAGAACUCGGUUCUCAGCACGGCGACCGCAAACACGGGCGACCUGCUCGAGGUGCUCGGCUCGCUGCUCGAGGAGGCGGACGUCUCCAGCGUCUUCAACAUGUACGGCUGGUGUCUCGAUACCGCCUUCGGAGACGUGCAGGAGGGGGGUGGCGUCAACCUUCUCUCGGCGAGCGGCAAGAUCCUGCUGCUUGCGGCGCUCGCCUUCAUCCAGCUUACCUUUGCCUUUGGCGUGUACGACGUCUCGAUGCUGUUCAAGCUGCGCGACGACACGAACGCCUUCAAGCCCUUCGUCGACAACUCGCUCUUCUACGCCGACGCGGCCACGGACGGGCGCGUGCCGAUCAUCAACAUCUACUGCUCCGCCUUCUCGCUCCUCCUCCUCUCCAUGCUCGUACGGCAAGAGACGCAAGGCACCAUCCUCUCGAUGUGCCCCCUCGAGCCCAUCCUGCUUCCCCCGCCGCCCGCGCAGCGGAACAAGCCGACCGCCCCGCUGACCGCCGCCGGCAUGGCGGAGCGCGCGGUGUUCGCGAUCGUGCUGCAGGUCUUUUGGAGCAUCCGGAUGUGCAUGCUCCCUGGGAUGUGCCUUAUUGCAACUUCGCUCAUCAACGCGCAAGCGGACAACGCCCUCGACAUCGUCCUCAACUCGGCGGCCGCCGCCGUCGCGUUUAUCCUCGAGCUGGACGAUUUGCUGUACGAGCAGAUCGUGCCGCUCCAGUCGCGCGCUGCCUACGAGGAGCGGCAGAGCAACUCGCCCCGCGCCUCGUCCCCCAUCGCGUCGCGGCGCGGCCGCACGCUGGAGCCUUCUAGGCGCGGCCGCACGCUGGUUGGCUUCUACUCGAACGCGGUCCUCGCCCUCGAUUUUGCGAUCGGCCUCUGCUGCUACCUCGCGUCUGCCGGGGACGGCGGCAAGGAGAGCCGGCUCGUGCCGGGGCUCUACCCAAGCAGCGAGCCCGACUACCCGCUGGAGUACACCUACCUCAAGUACCACGUGCGGGCGCUGUGGGCCGACGAGUUCAGGGCGUCGCUCUCGCUCUGCUCCGCCGCGCUCGCAGGGCGCGUCGGACUCCUGCGCGUCCUCCUGUACGGCGUCGCCGUGCUCGGCUUUGCGUGCGCCGUCUACACGAUCGGCCAGGCCGCGCUGCUGCAGCCGUUGGGGGGAGCCUUCUCGGACCCUUCUCGGAACCGUCUCGGAACCUUCUAG